AUGGUGCACCACGUCGACGUGAACCUCCCUUGGAACCACUCCCUCUGCGCCUGCUGCCUCUCGCGCAUCCUCCACCCCGCCACCCCCACCACCUACCAGACCUCCACCCCCAACGCCCUCCGGCUGCACCUGCAGCAGCCGGUGGAUGGGAGCGUCAAGCCGUGCCCUGCCAGCCACAACCGCCCGUCCCAGGCUAUCCUCGCGUAUUCCGCCACGGUUAGAGUGCAGAGCCUCUGGGCUACCAUGGGCCCGGGUGUGGGGCGCGGGGGGAGCGGGCGCACUGCGCUUGCUGCGUCUGCUGCUCGUGCUUCUAGGGUUGACAUUUCCUCCGGGCCUCCUGCCGUGCAGUUCAAAUGGAAGGCGGAUUUCGCGCCCAUGCCUGCUGCCGAGGGGAUGUUUCUCGAGUGGAUGGCAGAGCCACGUGUCGGGCUGCUGUUGGACCUGGACGUGGUCAGAUGCCAGCUGGCAGAUAUGAUGAAGAUUCAUGAUCUGGCAACAGCAAGUAGUGGUGCUACAGCCGCUGGUGGUGCUACAGCCGCUGGUGGUGCUACAGCCGUUGGCGGUGAUCCCAAGCACUUCUGGUGGUGCUGCUGGCAGUGCAGCGCGUGUUGGACCGCCUACCGCCGCUGCCUCUCCGUUGUGGUCUUCCUCGUGCUUAUAGCGAGGCUGCCCCGUAUAGUCACUCUCUGGCGCCUGCACAUGAAAUCCUGCUACGUCGCCUUCCCCCCCCUGGCGAAUCAGCUAAACGCUGGGAGGCAGAUCGGGGGGGUGGGGGGCAGGCAGGCGGAACGGCAGGCGAGUAGGCAGGCGGGGAAGGGGGGAGGGAGGCAGGUGGGUGGGGAAGCGGAGGAGGAUUGCUUUGGAUCGAUUCUGGUGCAGGUGCUCGGAGUGAAAGGGAAGAAGGAGCUGGAGUCGGGGUUUGCUGCUCAUGUGCUGCCUCUGCUGCCUGGGGGAAGACGGGCACACGGGGGUAUGAGAGGGGGGGUGGGGAGAGGAGCUGGAGUAGGAGGAGGGUUUGGUUGGGUGGAAGGGGGAGAGGAGUGGAGGGAGGGGUUGAGAGGGGUGGAGUGGGAUGAGUAUGUGGAGCGUGUGGGGGAGAUUAUCUCCCAUGGAGGGCUGGAGGCUGAACAGUACAGGCUCAAUCCCCCCAGCUACUGCACCCGCACCAACCCGGAAGCCCCACCCCUGGCUCUCCCACACCCAGUGCACGACCUCCCGAGCCUGCUGGUCAGGUUCGGCGCCAUUCCCAAGCCUGUGGGCGCGGCAGGUUUGGAAGGUUCUGCGGUGCAGGAGUUUGGUGUGGCAGGAGGGGUUUCGGGGUGGGAGGAGUUUCCAGUGGGGGACAGAGAGGGCCUGAAGGCGCAUGGCGGUGGCAGUGCUCUGGGAGGCAGGGAGGGGGCAGAAGGGGUAGGAGGGGUGGGAGAAGGAACCCCUUGGCCUGUGAGUGGGGAGUUUUUGGGGCUGAAUACUUUUCAAACGGGCAGUUUCCGGGACUCUGUGUUCGACCGAGACGAGAUGCUGAAAGAGUUCAACAUUGGAUCAGCAAAGGGUCUGCAGGAGAGGGGGAUUGCCACGAGUCCAGCAGAGGGCCUGCAGGAGUAUCGAGCUGCCAAGGCUCUGAGUGCCAGCAGCACGGAUGCUCCUGCAUUUCCAACUCUCAAGGACCGCGUCGAGGAGUUUCUGAGAAGGUUCUCGCCUAAGCGGCAGGCGAAGGAGGGGCGUGGCGGGCCGCUGGCCCGAGCAAUUACUGACUGGCCCAUGCUGAGAUCCCCUCAGGAGGUGGAUGCGUUUGUGGAGUUCAUGGCUGCCAUGACCACCCUCACGCCCGCCUGCAACGCCUGCCAGAUGUGCCUCAACGUGUUCAACCGCGCCGUCACCCCAGCGGCCCUUGUUGCCUCCUUCGCCUUUCGCCCCUCCUCGGUGCUCCUGCGCUGCAUUCUCUCGCUGUAUCCCCAGCGCUUCACUCCGGUGAGAGCUUCUCUAGGCAAUUAG